ACACUAGGCUAUACUUUUCAAGAAAAGAUGGCGUCUCUUGUGGAUGGAGUGGGGCAUCACUCGCAGCAGAGUCACUCUCUUCCGCGUAACCUAAAGCUCAAAGAGAAGACCCCGGGCAGCCUCAGCACGGCCCAACCUCACGCUCCUAAAGAGCGCGAGCAGUUCAGGGGCUGGCUUUUGAAAUGGACCAAUUACAUUAAAGGCUAUCAGAAGCGUUGGUUUGUCCUCUCCAACGGCCUCCUAUCAUAUUAUAGGACGCAGGAGGAAAUGGCUCAUACUUGUCGUGGUACCAUUAAUCUUGCUGGCGCCUGCAUAGAUACUGUUGACUCUACCAACUUUGUAGUCACCAAUGGAGCAUCACAGGUAUUUCAUUUGCGGGCACUGAACGAGGUUGAGAGACAGCGUUGGGUAACUGCACUUGAACUGGCUAAGGCUAAAGCCAUAAAGAACCUCGAGGAGUUUAGUGAUGAAGACAUUGCCUCUCAGUCAAAAGAAGAUGAGAAAUCUCUUCACUUACUCUCAGAGAAACUCUCCGAAGUGACUGCCACUCACAAUCUCAUUCUACAGAAGCACCAUGACAUACUAAAGACACUGGCCGAGCUUGAUGACAAGGAACUAGCUCAAAGUGGGAGUGGUAGCCUCACAAAGCUUAAGGAGAAGAUAGCCAUGUUUAAAAUAACGUCUAGUGCAAUGGCUAAAGUUUCUGAAGAUUAUUUAUUACUAGCGACUAGUAUGGAGAAGCAUUGGUUGAAGCAGCUACAGCACGAGAAAUCUCUGAGAGCCGAAAUACAAGAAAAUUUCGAGACCCUCGCGAAACAAAUGCACAGCUUUGAGAACCAAGCCCGGAGAGUAUCACAGAGGGGUGGAUUGGAGGAUUCCGGCACACUCGACCUCUUAAGCAAAGAUUUACAUGUACAUGUAGGUAACAGCAAUCAGAAAUCUCAUCUCUCGUCAUCAAAGCCACACCCACUUUUAAAAACCUCCGAAGAGAGUCCCAAAGUCCCUGGUGGUGCCCAGCGUGUUAGCCAUGCCCCUAAAAAGGGCGUGACAUUUGAUCUACCCAAAUCUUCCUCGCCGUCCCCACCUCCUUUCAGCUCUUACCCGUUUGAUGGGAGGGAAGAGGAGGAGGAGGAGGGUUCUGAUGAAGAUGGAGAUGAUGAUAAGUUUUUUGAUGCGCCCGAAGCGGACGAGAGCUACUUGGCCCCACCCACCAAACACGGGAUGAGUCAUAAGAGGACACCAAGCUCAAUAUCAGUCAAUGAAGCAGUGCCUGUACCCUCUACUGCCCUACCAGAGAACAUACCAGCAAGUACUUCCUGCAAUAGAAUACAGUCAUUCUUGACUCCAUCCUCUGACAUGCUUCAAGAUGAUGCAAAGCCAACUUUAGAGUAUCGUAGGAAGACCAUAUCACCUCGUCCCAAUGCUAAGAUAAACCUCUGGACAAUAAUGAAGAACUGUAUAGGGAAAGAGCUCACCAAGAUACCAAUGCCAGUUCAUUUUGGCGAGCCACUCUCAUUUCUCCAGCGAAUAUCCGAAGACAUUACUUACUACGAGAUAUUGAAUAACGCAGCUGCUUGUUCCUCUACACUGGAAGAGGCUGCCUUUGUUGCUGCCUUUGCCGCCUCUUCAUACGAGUCCACAGCAAUCAGAGUCAACAAACCCUUCAACCCAAUGCUAGGGGAGACCUUUGAAUGCGAUAGAAGAGCAGAGUAUGGCUGGAGAGUACUGUUUGAACAGGUUAGUCAUCAUCCUCCCAUGCUGGCAAUGCAUGCUGAACAUAAGGAAUGGACUCUAUGGCAGGAGUACACUCUAGCCAGCAAGUUCCGUGGGAAGUAUAUCCAGUGUUUUCCUGUGGGUGGAGUCCAUCUUAUCAUCCAUCGUUCCGGUAGCCAUUAUACCUGGAAUAAAGUCGUCACUACCAUCCAUAACAUUAUUGUUGGUAAACUGUGGGUUGAUAAUGCUGGUGAAAUGACCGUUCUCAAUCACACAACUAAAGAAAAAUGUGAAGUCAAAUAUCAUUCCUAUAGCUACUUCACACGAGAAAGGCAAAGAAAGAUUACCGGACACUGUUUUGAUAAAGAUGGAACGCCCCAAUAUGUGGUGAGGGGAUACUGGGACGAGUAUCUCGAAUGUGCCCCAAUACUAUCCUACAAUGGGAAGAACCCAGUCACAGGCCCUGCUAGAGAAAUGUGGAGAGUUUUUCCAAGACCUCCUGGUAGUGAGGCAAUGUAUCAUUUCUCAGAGUUUACUUGUUCACUGAACGAAAUGGAAGAUGGCGUAGCACCCACAGACUCACGCCAUCGUCCCGACCAGAGGAUUAUGGAAGAUGGAGAUUUUGAUGAGGCCAAUCGAGUUAAAGCACUGCUGGAAGAGAAACAGAGAGCUAGGAGAAGAAUGAGAGAGUCCUUGCAAGCAAAGGCAGCGGAAGCAGCAGAAAGAGGUAACACAGAGGAGGCUGCUAAAUUAGAGAAAGAAGCAACAUAUUCUCCUGCAUGGUUUAUUAAGGAGUACGACCCGUUCACUAAUAGUAUGAUGCAUGUGUAUAAAGGAGGCUAUUGGGAGUGUAAGAGGAAAGGAGAUUGGCCUUCAGAUUUACCAGAUAUAUAUGAACUGUGAUGAAUAAAUUAAUCCUGUGCUAUAAUAUGGAGUGAUUGUUAUAAUAGUUACUGCAUAUUUAUUAUUAUUAUUAUUAUUAUUAUUAUUGUUAUUAUUAUUAUAGUAAUAUAUUAUCAAUAUGCUUGUCUUUGUAAGAAAAAAUGUUUGAUAUAAAUGAAAA